AAGGCAAGGCGGAAAUGACGUCUCGAGCACCAGAAGUUGACAAGACCACGUGGUCCAUAUCCAGUGGAGACGUAUUCUUGCGGCCAAGAUGGCGCCUGAAGGGAAGAUUAAGGGGAAGAAAAAGAAACCGACCGGAGACAGCAGUGGAAGAUAAAAUGAGCAGCUCCUCAUCUGGAGAAUAUCAGGUUGGACAAGUGUCCGGCAGUUUGUUUCAAAACAAACCUUGUAAGAGCGUCAAGAGCCACCUGGCAUCUCUCUUCAGCUCCUCAUCAGCACAAGCCCAGCAACCUGUCUAUGUGGCUGCUAAAGAAGUUAAUGGUAAGAAGAGAAAACAUAAUGAAGAUGAAAUUGCAUUGCACAGUCAGAGAACUAGUGCUGCUGUUGAACAAAUGCCUGCAAAGAAAAUUAUAAUGAAGAAAGAUCUUUCUGAUGCAGAUAAAAGAUUGGCACACAGAGAAAGUGCUAUGGUAUCUGCUGAUCUUGAAGAGGAAGAAAAAGUGCAAGCUAAACAAAUGAAGAAACAGAAAAUUUCUCAAGCAAGUAGUAAUGGCAAAACAGCAAAUGGUAAAAUACUUGAUAAUUCAGAUAAUUCAUUUGAGUUAAAUAAAAGAAAGAAGAUUCAAAUCAAUGAGGCAGAGGAAAGAAUAAAGAAUAAGAGAACUGUAUUUGUGGGGAAUUUACCUGUCACGUGUAAAAAAAAGGAACUGAAAUCAUUUUUUAAAGAAUAUGGACAAAUAGAAUGUGUACGAUUCCGUUCUUUGAUUCCAGCAAAGAGCAAUUUAUCCAAAAAGAUUGCUGCAAUAAAACGUGAAGUUCAUCCUGAACAGAAGAGUAUUAAUGGUUAUGUUGUUUUUAAGGAAGAGAGUGCUGCUGAAAAGGCAUUAAAAAGAAAUGGUGCUCAGAUUGCAGAGGGAUUUCCCAUCAGAGUUGAACUUAUAUCUGACACUCCUUUGAGGAGCAAAAGAUCAGUAUUUGUGGGGAACCUCCCUUACAAAAUUGAAGAGACUGCUAUUCAAGAGCAUUUCUCUGACUGUGGAAGUGUUUUAGCAGUAAAACUUGUGAGAAAUAAAGUCACUGGAAUUGGCAAAGGAUGUGGCUAUGUGCUCUUUGAGAAUACUGAUGCUGUACAGCUUGCUUUGAAAUUAAACAACUCUGAAUUAAUGGGAAGGAAACUACGAGUCAAGCGUUAUGUUAAUAAUGAAAAGGCUAAGCUAUCACAUACCCCAGGCAAAGUUUUGGAGAAUUCCACCAAAUUUAAGCACAAACUUAAUUUUCCUCUUAAAAACACAGGACAGCAUUCUGAAAAUCCAUUUGCUGGAGAAAAAGCUAAUCCCUUGAAGAAGAAAAAGAAAAGGCAAAAAAAUGGAAAAAGUAAAAAGCGAAUGGAAAAGCACAAAUAGAGAAUCAGUCUGAGACUUUUAUACUUGUUGGAUAAUUUACUAAUAAAGUUGUUUUAUUUAAUGAA